AUGUCUUUUGCCUCAAGCAAGCCCUGUCCACACCUUAGAGCUGGUGUAUUUCAGGCUUUCGCCAACCCCGAGGAUGCCCUGAGGCACGGAGGCCCCCAGUAUUGCCGGGAUGACCAGGACGUGGACCGCUGCCUCAGAGCCCACCGCAACGACAUGGAGACCAUCUACCCGUUCCUGUUCCUGGGCCUGGUCUACUCCUUCCUGCAGCCCAACCCCUUCGUGGCCCGGGUGCACUUCCUGCUCGUCUUCCUGGGCCGCGUGGUGCACACCGUGGCCUACCUGGGGAAGCUGCGCGCGCCCAUCCGCUCCCUGGCCUACACGCUGGCCCAGAGGCCCUGCGCCUCCAUGGCCCUGCAGAUCGUCUGGGAGGCAGCCCGAAACACCUGGCCCUUCGGUUAA